AUGACAAAAUCUUUUAACUUCAGUGCCAAUAGCACAUCACAUGAACAGUGGAUUGAGGUGGAGGGCUUGGUAUCCUGUCUGGUUCUGAGUCUGGCUUUUCUGGUGGGUGCUCCAGGAAACCUACUGGUGAUCUGGACUAUCGUACAGCACGUGAAGCAGCGCUCACACACGGUGGUGCUGAUCCUCCAUCUGGCUGUCGCUGACCUUCUGGUCUUAAUCACGCUGCCCGUUUGGAUCUACUCAGUGGCUCGUUCCUGGGUUUUCGGUGAGGUCACCUGCAAGGUCAUGGUUUACAUCAUCGUUGCUUGCAUGUACAGCAGCGUCUUUCUCAUUACGACCAUGAGCGCUGAACGCUUUUUGGCCGUGAAAUACCCUUUCUGGAUGCUAAGGUGGAAAACCAGGGAUGCUAUGAGUAAAUGUCUAGUUGUCUUUUGGGUCUUGGCGUUUGCCUUGGGCAUUCCAGCAAUUCUGACAUCAUACGUGGACGAGGAAGAGGAUGGGCAUCAUCGCUGUGUUUUCUAUGAGCAUGACUCUGUGGUCCUGGAGGUGCUCUGCUCAUGUCUGGAGACAGUGCUGGGCUUCAUAGUCCCAUUUUUCACAAUUACUGUGUGUUACUGCUGUGUGGCAUCGCAGCUGCGGCAUCUCCAUUCAGGGAUCAAGCAAAAAUCAGCCAUUCUCAUUGGAAGCGUGGUGGUCGCGUUCGUCCUGUGUUGGCUCCCUCACCAUAUCAUCAACAUUAUUCAAAUGGUUAAUAUCCUCACAGAUUCUGAGGAGCUGUCCGAUGCCACACAACAAGCAACGUUCAUCUCUGGAGCCCUGGUUUUCAUCAGCAGCUCAGUGAACCCCAUUUUGUAUGUAUUCACUGCUAGAAACUUCGAAGGCAGUCUAAGGAAGUCAUCCCUGGUUAAGAUGUUCCAGGAUUUGACAUCAUACGCAGUCAAAACAAGAGCUGUUUCAGUUUUGGGUCACGGUCAGGGUCAGGGUCAGGGUCAGGGUUGGUGUCAUGGUUAG